CAAAGUUGAGUUAAAUACUCUGACCCCAUUUUCUAGAAGUACUUCUUCUACAUUAAGUAGGUGUUUAAAAGUAAAAUGGGAUGAUUGAUUAUAAAAGGUGUGGAUGAUUCAUAAGCUUUUGAAUGGAAUCUUUCUUGUACAAUUUUCAAAGUUGAAUUUUAAUAGCGGGUAGAUGAGAAACUAUCCAUGGGUGGCAUUUAAAGCCUGAUUGAAUUUCUUCUCAUGAUUGAUAAGUAGCUCAUUUUAGCUAACCGUGGAACCAUUUAUUUUCCUUUUCUAAAAGCCACUGGAUCUGUAGUAAGAGUGUCUUGUGUACGCUGUGUAAUUAUGCACCAAGGUAGAGAGAGGAAAGGCAGGAAGUUGUUAAAGCAGAGUUCUCACAGUGCAGCAUGAGAACAGUGACCCUGCUGUCCUAGAAGGAAGUCUACCUUUAGUUACAGGUCGGUUGCGUAUAGAAAUGAAGUCACUAAAUUGUGAAAGUUCAUGGACGUUUAAUAAGGUCAGACUCGUGGAAAUGUUUUGGUUGAGUUGUAUCUGAUAUGUUGGGAUGUAGUUGAUGCAUUGAAAGAGCUGAGAUGUUUGAAAUGCAGAGUAGUGACUACAGGAUUGUAGGGGCUGGACGAGGUUGAUGGACCAGUCAGGAAGGGGGUGUGCAUACACUGGAGUGGCUGGCAGAAGACUUCAGGGGUGGAGUCCUGAGAUAUCAGAGACACUCCUGUGAGCCACAGUUGCUUUAUUUAGAAUAUUUUGUAUUUUGUAAACUGCUGUUCUCCUUGGAUUGGAUACCUGAUUUUCCCCCAGCCCAGAAAUAUAUUUUACAUUUAUAUGUUUUAUAAGUAACACUUGGUUAAUUCUAAGCUGUUACCUCCUCAGGCCAUUGAUGUUCAGAAGUCUUGAUUUGGAACUUUAAUAGUCUCAGUGGGAUGAGGUGAUACUGGGUGGGAUUAAAGCACUCCGGCCCUUGAGCAGUUGGACCUGGAGAAGUAACAGCUCCUGAAAAGCCCUGUCUGAGCCCCUUGCUGUUUUGAGUUGUGUUCGCUAAAUCGGUAUCGAGGACACAUUUUGGAGCCUAGAAUUUUUACCAUUCGAUUACCCAAAGAAACUCCUGGCGAGCAUUUUGAGGGGCUGAACAUGUUGACUGCUCUUCUGGCACCCAGAAAACCCAGGACAGCCAGACCACUUGUGGAAGAAAUAGGUGCUUCUGAAGAAGUAGUAGAAGACGACGAUGGAGAGUUUGAUUGGGAAAUUGAGCAGACCCCCUAUGAAGAGGAACCAGAAAGCCCGCUGAGUCCGCAGUGCAGCUAUGGGUUUGGGAACUCCCGGGCAGGAGUGGUUCGGCGGUUGCAGGAUGAGCUAAGUGACGUCAUUGACAUUAAGGAUCCAGAUUCUACCCCUGCGGCUGUGCGAAGGCAGAAGCGCCUGGCUGCCGAGCUGGCUAAAUUCGACCCUGAUCAUUAUCUAGCCGACUUCUUUGAAGACGAGGCAGUCGAACAGAUUUUGAAAUAUAAUCCUUGGUGGAAUGAUCCAUAUUCAGAAAUGAUGGCCUGUUUGGGGAAGAGUCGGCAGCCAGAAAGUCAUGCUGCGUUAGUGUCUUUUUCUGAAGAAGAGAAAUAUCAGCUACGGAAGUUUGUCAAUAAAUCUUUCCUGCUGGACAAGAGAGCUCGCCGGCAGGUGUGCUACGGUUUAAUUGACAUUCUUCUGGCGUAUUGCUACGAGACCUGUGUCACCGAGGGCGAGAGGAAUGUGGAGUCCUCUUGGAAUCUCAGGAAACUGAGUGCCACGCUGUGCUGGUUUGAGACUUGGAACGAUAUUCAUGAAAUCCUGGUGUCUUUUGGAAGGAGAGUUUUGUGCUACCCACUUUAUCGCCAUUUCAAGCUGGUGACAAAGGCCUACAGAGAUGUAAUAAAGAUCUUGCAGCUAGGUAAAAGUGCAGUUCUCAAGUGUCUACUGGAUAUUCACAAAAUAUUUCAGGAAAAUGACCCUGCUUACAUUCUGAACGACCUCUACAUCUCAGACUACUGUGUGUGGAUUCAGAAAGCCAAGUCCAAGAAGUUGUCUGCCCUUGCGGAAGCCCUGAGAGAAGUCCCCCUCACCAAGGGGCAGCUGGGGCUGGAGCUGGAGGAGCUGGAGGCUGCGGCCCUUCUGGUCCAGGAGGAAGAAGCUGCCGGAAGCGCAGCUGGCUCGCCCAGCGAUUCCGGGGCGUCGGGAUCUUCCGACUCUGAAGACUCGGCCUCAGAGCAGGACGAGCGGGCAGAGCGGCAGUGUGUGCCCGGGGAUUCUCCACGGGGCCCCUUUCUGGAGAGCAGUGCCCCGCUUCCUGCUGGUGGCGAGGCCGGCCUGGGGUCCGCCAUGGAUCAGGGGGCGCUGCUGGCCGCUCCCCGGGAUCCUGCAGGGCGCAGGCCUCUGAUCGAGGAGCUCAGCGACCACCUGAGGACGACCCUGCAGGUUUCCACAUCUCAGGGAGCUGACGCAAGGAGCCACCGCAGGACGCAGGACUGAGACGGGCAGGCGACGCCGGGGACUGACUAGAACCCUCCGUGGGCUGCGUGGGCUUGGCACUUUUUCCUUGUACAUACAACGUUGUUCUUAAGUGAGCUGACUUUUAUACAUAUUGGUCUCUUUGUUGCUUCUUGAAAAUUAAAGUUCUGAAGUGUGGUAA